AUGCGGUGCGCGAACUGGGCCGCCGAGAGCGCGUCCGCACGUCUCGACCAGCCUGUAUCACUUGGUGAUGCAGGCGCUGAUCAUGAAGACACUCGUGUCUUCACGGAGUACGAGCUCGGUGUCUCGUACUCUCCUGAUACGGAGGACGGAUCCGUAUCGACAACGAUUGAAUCUAAGCCUCCUGCCAAGCGUGGCAUGGACGAUGCUUUUGCGUCGCAGCAUCUUUGGUUCAUCUGA